CAGAUUCCAAUCGGUCCCUGGGCCAAGGACCCUACACUCAAGGAGCUAGGCCGCUUCGAGCAGCUGCACAUGCAGAUGUCGGUCGCCUCGCACGCCCCGGCCCUCUUCACAAGGGUCUUCGCUUGGCCUCGGGAGCAGGUCCAGCUGCUGAUCGAGGGCGUCAAGCGCGAGUUCCGAACAAGGGACCUGAGACUGAUCACGAGCUAUCGCUUCGUAAUCGGGAGGAGCCCU